AUGAAGCUUACUGGAGCUGCCAUCCUUCUUCUCAGCUGUCUCUCGACUGCAACGCUUGCCGACGAUCACAAACACAAGCCGGACACAGCAACUAUCCAACUGGCCAACGACCAGUCUGGGGCCAACGCGAACGUUGCCGUCCCCGAGAAUGGUAAAAAAUACUCCAUCGAAUCCCUCUGGGGAAAAACAGCAGUCGCAAAGAAGGGUCGCGUGUUUGCGACGAGUGCGCAGCUUGUCGCGUUCCAGCAACACACACACUGCACAAUUUUCGACCAUGACCAUUUGCAUGCCGAACUUGACGCCCGGAAGACUUGGGUUUCACUGAAAGAUGGUAAAGUUGUUAAUCUGGAUCACGCAUUCGUGGUCUGUGACGAUUAG